GCCAGAGAGAUGGGAGAUGAUACUCCAACAUGGUUUGUGUCGUGCACACUUCGGUAAGUCGUGCGUGGAGAGAAACCCGAUCAUCGAUCUUCUUAUCGGGCACACACAAAUUGCUCAACUCCCAACCAUAACCCUAGAGUUUUUAUUUCAUAAUGGUAAUGUGGGAAUCGCACAGAUAAGACAGCCAAGUGGAAAUUCUUAUAACUUUAUCUACAAAGUAAUUUUCCUAAGGUUUGUGAUUGUGAGGACUUUCGUCAUCUUACCUAAAGCCUUCUCUCUUCCAUACAAUUUUUUCCUCACUCUCUAUUCCCGUGUUUGUCGCUGCAAUUGUUCACCAGUCAAUCAUUGAAUUUUCGCAAAGAUCAGGUCGCUCUAUCGUCGUGGUUUAGCCACGAUAUAGAAAUCGCUAUUGGCGAUGGACCCAACUCACAUGCACGGUGAAGAUUUCCUUCCAGGCACCACAAGACUGGUAGAAGAUAUCGAACAAUCCAACAAUUCCCACCUUCUCAAACAUGGGAACAUCGUUUUGGAACCACAACCUACCUCGUCGCCUCUCGAUCCACUCAAUUGGUCUCGCACGAGGAAAUAUUGGCACGUUUUCCUGGUUUGCUUCAUCACAGGUCUAACGGCUGCCACUUCGAACGAUGCGGGCUCGGCGCAAGAUGGCAUGAACGAGGAAUAUGGAAUCACUUACGACGCAAUGAAUACUGGGGCUGGAGUUUUGUUUGUAGGAAUUGGUUAUUGGACUUUGUUGAUCUCGCCUGCUGCGUGGUUAUACGGAAGAAGGGUUACCUAUAUCAUUUGUUUGACAUUGGGAGUUAUUGGCGCUAUAUGGAUGGCUCGUGUGCAAUCCACGAGCGACUCGAUCUGGAAUCAACUCUUUGUGGGAGCGUCUGAAGCUUGUGCCGAGGCCAAUGUGCAGCUUUCCCUCUCGGAUUUGUUCUUUCAACAUCAAAGAGGAACUGUUCUGGGCAUAUACGUUUUGUCGACUAGUAUUGGUACCUAUCUAGGUCCUAUUAUUGCUGGAUAUAUUGCUGGGGGGCCUCUAGGCUGGCGAUGGAUUGGUUGGUGGUCCGUCAUAAUUUCCUCCUGCACCAUACUUGUGUGUUACUUUACCCUCGAAGAAACUAUGUUCGAUCGCCCCGAGUCUGCGUAUGAUGUUCCAAUCAAUGGCGUUGGGUCCCAGGCCAAGAUUGAAGAAUCUCCAAUUCGCAGCAGCAACGAGAAAGAUACAGUCCUAGCCACGACUCCCUCCGACACACCUCCCAUUCCACCUGCGACUGCCCCAGCAAAGAAGUCCUUUCGCGAACGCAUUCGACUAAUUACGCCCGCAUCUAACCUCAAGGGAACUGGAUUCAAACAAUACUUUUCUCGUCUCUUCCAUACUCUCCGCAUUUUCACUUUCCCAGCCGUCUGGUACAGUGGUCUGCAAUGGGGAGCCCAAGACGCCUGGCUUACCUUCUACCUUACUCUUGAAGAAGAUAACUGGACUGAGGAUCCUUGGAACUAUUCCACUAUUGGUUCUGGUCUUAUGAACGUUCCUUGUUUGAUCGGCGCCAUUAUCGGUUGUUUCUGGGGUGGUUAUCUUUCGGAUGUUUUCGUACUUUGGUACUCCAAGAAAUAUCGUCAUGGUAUUUUAGAAGCCGAAGAUCGUCUCUGGAUGAUGUAUCCAUGUGCUAUAUUCUCACCAUUGGGAAUGUUUAUCUUCGGUCUCGGUACAGCAUACGAAUGGUCGUGGCCAGCUCCGUACGUCGGGCUUGGGUUCAUUGGUUUUGGAUGGGGUUGUGCGGGAGAUUUGUCCAUGUCUUACCUUAUGGAUGCAUAUCCGGAAAUGGUACUCGAGGGUAUGGUUGGAGUUAGCGUCAUAAACAAUACCAUCGGGUGUAUCUUUACAUUUGCAGCGAGCUAUUGGUUGGAUACUGGAGUUAAACAGACAUUUAUCGCGAUAGGUGUUUUGGAUUUCGUGUUCGUAAUGUGUACAUGGCCGAUGAUGGUAUUUGGAAAGAGCUGUAGACGAUGGACUAAAGGUAGAUAUUUGGAGUUUGUGAGGAUUAGAGAUUCUUUAUGACAUGAUGGAUCAGAUACGAGGAAGACUGUAUGGAAAAUGGUGUUGGGGAGGUACUUUGGUAUUAAUGAGUUUGGGAUUUCAGUUCCCUUAUUGUUAGAGGACUUGAUUCGGAAAUCGAGGGAGCUUAGUAAUCUUAGCGUACAUAUGGUGAUCCUAGCGAUCAUAUUUUCUAUUCACGAAAACCUGGAGUUCUCAAAAUUAGAUAUUAUUAUUUCACUUCAUUCAAUUCACAAUUGCCAGUUUUUUCA